CGUCCGUGCCGGCGGCGGAGUGAUGGCCGCCGUGGCGUCCGCCGAGGCCCCUGAAGUCCGGCAGGAGUGCGGCUGCAAGGGCAUCCGGACCUGUCUCAUCUGCGAGGGGCCUCGCCACGGUGACCCGAUCUGGCAGCUCGCCCCGAAGAAAACCCACCGCUUCCUUUACUGCUUGGAUACCGGCUGGGCUGUGGGGGCUGAGGACUCUGACUUUGAGGGCUGGGCCUUCCCCUUUCCGGGGGUGACACUGAUAGAGGACUUUGUGACCCCGGAGGAAGAGGCUGAGAUGGUGUGUCUGAUGGACCAAGACCCUUGGAAGCUCUCUCAGUCUGGGCGGAGGAAGCAGGACUAUGGCCCCAAAGUGAAUUUUCGGAAGCAGAAGCUGAGGAUGGCCGGUUUCCAGGGCCUCCCCAGCUUCAGCCAGGAGCUGGUGCAGAGGAUGGGCCUCUACCCGGAGCUGGAGGACUUCCAGCCUGUGGAGCAGUGUAACCUGGACUACAGCCCCACGCGGGGCUCUGCCAUCGACCCCCACCUGGAUGACUCCUGGCUGUGGGGGGAGCGGCUGGUGAGCCUCAACCUCCUGUCCCCCACCGUGAUGUCCAUGGGCCGGGAGGCGUCUGGCAGCCUGCUGCUCAGCCCAGCUCCUCCUGCCAGCCCUGAGGCUUCCAUGGACAGCAUGCUAGGCCCCAGCAGGUCAGUCCUGUGCCACGAGGUGGAGGUGGCCGUCCCUGUCCCGCGCCGCUCCCUGCUGGUGCUCACCGGGGCUGCGCGGCACCAAUGGACCCACGCCAUCCACCGCAGGCACAUUAAGGCCCGCCGUGUGUGCGCCACGUUCCGUGAGCUGUCAGCUGAGUUCUGCCCCGGUGGGAAGCAGCAGGACCUGGGCCAUGAGCUCCUGCGCAUUGCACUGUCCUUCCAAGGGAGACCCGUCCUGUGAGCAGGACAGGCUGGUGUGGACCUCACGGGCAUGGCCGCCAGUGCACACUCCCUGCUCCCUGCUCAGUGGAUUUUACUCUUUGGUGUGGAGUUGGGGAUGGAAUGGGGACAUCGUUGGGAGAAGCCAUCAGACUUAGACUGUGGUGGGCAGCCCGGAGCUGCCCUUGCUGGGACCCUCCACGUCCACCCCUUGCACUGGAACUGUGGCUGCUGUUUGGGUUGUUUACAUAUCACACUGUGGAAGGGUAGGAUUUGGACUUUGAAAACUGCCACUGUGUGAAAGGGUUUUCCCUGCAUGGGGUCUGUGACCAGCCUGCCACCGCCCCUUCAUCCACUCUGAGGGGGUGCAGAGGACUGGAUGAAGACCUGACAGAUCUCAAGUUCUGACUUCUGAGUCUGGCUUAGCCUGAGUCACCUUUGACCCCUUGGGCUGGGAUGUACAGGGCAUCUGGGAACCUCAUUGCUUUAUCUCCCUACAGUCCUAAGAAGCAGGGAAGAGCUGGA